AUGAGUGGUAGCGUAUGCAUGCGUAUAAUAGAGCCUGAGGCGAUGUCCCGCUGCGACCCUAACAACCCUAGCAUCACGGCACUCGAGCAACAGGGGGAGCGUCUUGGCGGCGGCGGGUUGGGGCUGGGCGGCGGCGGGUUCCGCGGCGGCGCGCAGCCUUCCCUCGCCGACUUCCAGCCACCGUACUUCCCGCCGCCAUUUGCGCCCGCGCCGCAUCCUGCCAGCCCACACCAUCAACAACAGAGCCAUGGUAUGGAAUAUGGAGGCGGGGGCGGUGGUAGCGCGGAGUACGCUCAACAUUACGCCCCUCAGCAGCUCCUACCUCGUCACCACGCGCACCAUGAGCCGCCGCAUCUACGCCAUCACAGGGAUCACCAUGAUGCAAUCCACGCGCACCAUUUAUCCCAUGGUGGCUUCAGCUAUGGCGGCGGCGAGCGGCGCGCAGACUACGGCGCACGCGAGCAGCACGAGCUGGCCCUGCACCAUGCCUUGCAUUCAACUGAGGAAACGCCGAAUGCAGGCAUGGACGAUACGUCAGGAUUCAUGACAGAUCUCCCAUUAUUAAAAACAAUGAAAGGACGCGAUGGUCUAGGUGGCUCAGGUUCCUGUGCACCAAACGACGUAUUCUGCUCAGUGCCAGGGCGAUUGUCAUUACUGUCAUCAACUAGCAAGUACAAAGUGACAGUGGCCGAAGUACAGAGAAGGUUAUCACCACCAGAAUGCUUAAAUGCAAGUUUGCUGGGAGGCGUACUUAGAAGAGCAAAGAGUAAGAAUGGCGGACGAAUACUUCGCGAGAAGUUGGAGAAGAUUGGCCUCAACCUUCCGGCCGGGCGGCGGAAAGCAGCGAACGUGACGCUGCUCACUUCCUUAGUUGAAGCUGAAGCAGUUCAUUUGGCGCGGGAUUUUGGCUACGUUUGCGAGACAGAAUUCCCAGCGAGGGCGCUAGCGGAGUAUUUAGCGAGGCAGUACGCUGAGCACGAUGCACGACGUCGGCGUGAUCUAUUACAGGCGACCAAACAAGUAGUAAAAGAAGUAAUGGACUUGCUGAAUCAAGACCGAUCGCCGCUGUGUAACACACGGCCGCCGCACCUACUAGAGCCUGCCAUUCAACGGCAUCUGACGCAUUUCUCUCUCAUCUCGCACGGCUUUGGCGGGCCUGCCAUAGUCGCUGCACUUACUGCCAUACAAAAUUUUCUCAACGAGUCACUUAAGCAUUUAGACAAGCUUUACCCCCAAAGCGGCAUGGUAUCAUCGUCUAUGGACAAAACAAAAAUGGACCCGGACAUUAAGAAGUAACAACAGCAGAACGACGGCGACGUCGGACUAUCCAUAGAGUUGUGUACCUUGAACAUUGUAUAGUAAAAUAUAAAAUAAUGAAGAGGAUUAAAACUUGUGGUUAGGAUAAUUUUGGUACGAAAUAAAAUCAUAGCAAGUACUUAAUAAUAGACAUACCUAUACAGGUACAAUUGAUUUUAGAUUUAGGACGAAAACAAGCGCAAACAAUGUGUCAAGGGUCUAAUUCAGAAUGUCGUUGUAUUUAUAUCCGUGAAGGAUAAUUCAAAAUUUAUUCUGUCAUCAGUCGGCUAGUCGCGUAA